AGUUGCCGUAGCGCCACGGUUUGGUAUCCAUGGAAACGCGGCUAGCGUUACAGCAGAGAUUAGCGGCUAGUUUAGUGUUGUAUAAGCAGCUAGCGUGAUGACGUAGAAAUCCUAGAUGUUAUGAUUUAAUACGAUUAUAUAUACAAUAUUUAAACAUUAAUACAGACACACAUGGUGAAUUAGCAUUAGCUUCACAGAAUUAGCCGUGUUUUAUCUGCGUCAUGGAUCAGUACAGUAUUCUCGGUAGGAUUGGAGAAGGAGCGCACGGGAUCGUGUUCAAGGCAAAACAUAUCGAGACAGGAGAAACAGUGGCGCUGAAAAAAGUUGCCCUACGCAAGUUGGAAGAUGGGAUUCCCAACCAGGCACUCCGAGAAAUUAAAGCACUUCAGGAAAUUGAGGAUAACCCAUACGUAGUAAAGCUGAAGGACGUUUUCCCGCACGGGACCGGCUUCGUGCUCGUCUUCGAGUACAUGCUGUCGGAUCUGUCCGAGGUGAUCCGGAACUCUCAGAGGCCUCUGACCGAGUCUCAGGUCAAGGGCUACAUGAUGAUGUUGCUCAAAGGGGUGGCUUAUUGUCAUGAGAACUCCAUCAUGCACAGGGAUCUGAAACCCGCAAACCUUCUAAUCAGCUCGACAGGUCAUUUGAAGAUCGCUGAUUUUGGUCUGGCCAGGCUUUUUUCCAACGACGGAGAGAGGCUUUACAGUCACCAGGUGGCCACACGGUGGUACAGAGCUCCAGAGCUUCUAUACGGCGCUCGGAAAUACGACGAAGGAGUGGAUCUCUGGGCAGUGGGCUGUAUUUUUGGCGAACUCUUGAAUAAUUCUCCCCUUUUCCCUGGAGAGAAUGACAUCGAGCAGCUGUGCUGUGUGCUCCGUGUCCUGGGAACGCCGAACCAGAAAGUGUGGCCGGAAAUCACAGAGUUGCCAGAUUACAACAAGAUCACGUUUAAAGAUAACCCGCCGAUCCCUCUGGAGGAAAUCGUUCCCGACACGUCCCCACAGGCCAUUGACCUGCUGAAGAAGUUCCUCGUGUAUCCGUCGAAGCAGAGGAUCAGCGCCCAACAGGCUUUACUGCAUCCCUACUUCUUUACGGACCCGCUCCCUGCCCAUCACUCGGAGCUGCCCAUUCCUCAGCGCGGAGGAAAACACUCUCGCCAGCGACUGCAGCCCCCCUACGAGUUCUCCGUGGAACAGCCCUUGCAUGAGAGCCUGGUCGAUCCCGGUCUGAUCCAACCGCACACGUGGGGGUGUUUAUGAGGCCGCUGUCACACAAAUCACGUGAACCUGACUUUGUAUUGGUGGUUUGCAAUAUAUAUAUAUAUGUACAAAUAAAAAUUGAUGUACAGUGAGGAGGAGCUCAAUAGGGUUGAGGUCAGAGCUUUAUAGCAGAUCUUUCACUCUAACCCAUGCAAAGCAGAUCUUCAUGGAGCUGGUUCUGUCAUGCCGGUGAAUCUGCAUCCAAAGACAAUUGUGUGCCUCCAACUGGGCGGAUAAACAAGUCAGGUGUCCCAAUACUUUUGUUUAUACUGUAUAAUUCAUCUGAAAAUGACAAAAUUCUUUUUUCUAGCUGUGAAAAUAAUUUACCGGUUGUAAAGCUCAUACUGGAUCUAUAGCUGUAUUGUUUAUUUCUUAAUCCCAAUUAAAUUCAAUAUUGUGCUCAACUUCAUGUAAAUAUAUAUAUUUUUCCUGUUCAUUCGCAUCAUAAUAUGAACGUUUUCCGAGCGAGUUGUUGAACUAAAACCAGUGUUUUCGUAACACUCAGCAGAGGGCGGCUCAUGGGCUUCGACCGACGCCUUAGAUAACAGCAAACAGCCACCACAUGACUCAAACCACACCCUAUUUACUAUACAGUGCACCAUCACGUCGAAAAAAAAUGGAGAACGGAGAAGAUCCAGAAUUCUCACGAAAUAAUAAAAUCUAGAAGGUUUUUUGCUAUUAUACUUUUUUUUUUUUUCCGUUUUUCGCAUCUUGAAGCUAAUCUGAUGCAGUGUGUCGUAAAUAAAUAGUUUGUGUUGUGUGACAGAGGCGGUAGCAUUGGAUCUAGAAGCGGAGUUCAAAUCCCAUAGCUACCACUGCUGGGUCCUUGAGCAAGGCUCUUAACCCUCAACUGCUCAGUUGUUAGUAAAUGCUGUUAGUAAAUGCUGUAAAUGCCAAAUGCUGGAAAUGGAAGCAGACGGCUCGUCAAUUCUUUCAUUGUAUUUUACUUGCAGUUCACCUUAUAAGCCAUAGAGGGCGCAUUACAAACCGUUGAGUUUUUUUCACGGCCUGGUUUGUAGGUGUUCAUUUUCUCGGUUAAUUAAAUUGGAUUUAAAAAAUCAGAAAAUCAGAUGUUUUAACACACGAUUAUACACGAAGAGUGCAAUAAUCAUGGAUUGUGCAAUGCAGUGUUUAUGAAAAGGGUAUAUACAUUUUCCAGCCAUUUGUGGUUCUUCCUCAAAGAGUUACCACGAAACUUGUAGGCACACGAUUGUGUAGAAAGUUAUAGGGUGCUGUAUCAUGAAACUUUUCUUUUGGAGAAACUAGGAGAACCAACCCUGUUCCAGCAUGGCACUGCCUCUGUGCACAAAGCCAGCUUCAUGAAGAUAUGGUUAAUGGGUUGGAGUGAAAGAUCUCCUGCUAUAGAUUUUUGACCCUCAACCCUAUUGAACACGAGUGAAGUUUUCACACUGACUGCACCCCAGGUCUCCUCACCUCACCUACAUAAAUACUUGAGUUUAAUAAUACAGCAAAUGGAGACUAAAUGACCAAGUACAGAAGCUUAACACAA